AUGUCCACCACAGACGUCGCCGACGGCGCGAUGGAGGUCGACGCCGCGCCGCCAGGGCCGCAUUACGCGGCUGCGCUGAGCCUGAGCGGGCACACGAUGGCGCUGUCAUCACUGAAAUUCAGCCCCGACGGGUCCAUGCUCGCCUCGUCAGGCGCGGACAAGCUGAUCAAGCUGUGGGACGCGGAGAGCGGGGCGGUGAUGCGCACCCUCACCGGGCACACGGAGGGCAUCUCGGACAUCGCGUGGUCCGGCGACAGCGAGUACCUCGCGUCCGCGUCGGACGACAAGACGAUCAGGAUCUGGGACGUGCAGGUGGGCACGGAGCUCAAGACGCUGCUCGGCCACACCAACUUUGUGUUCUGCCUCAACUACAGCCCGCACUCGAACCUGCUCGUGUCCGGCGGCUUUGACGAGACCGUGCGCGUCUGGGAUGUCGCGAAAGCGCGUUCGCUUAAGGUGCUCCCCGCCCAUUCCGACCCCGUAACCUCUGUCAGCUUCAACCACGAUGGGACCCUGAUCGUUUCGUGCGCCAUGGACGGUCUAAUACGAAUCUGGGACGCCGACUCCGGCCAAUGUCUGAAAACACUCGUCGACGACGACAACCCGAUAUGCUCGCACGUGCGCUUUACGCCCAACUCCAAGUUCCUCCUCGCGUCCACGCAGGACUCGACGAUCCGCCUGUGGAACUACCAGACAUCGCGCUGCGUCAAAACCUACACCGGCCACACAAACCGCACGUAUUGCAUCCCCGCGUGCUUCACCAAUACCGCGGGCAGCAAAUACGUGGUCAGCGGGAGCGAAGAUGCAAAGCUGUAUAUCUGGGACCUGCAGACGCGCCAGGUUGUCCAGUGCUUGGAGGGGCAUAAAGAUGUUGUGCUUGCCAUUGCUACACAUCCUACAAAAGCCAUCAUUGCUUCAGCGUCGAUGGAAAAAGACCCCACGAUCCGGAUAUGGCGCGACGAGUCAGACCCGAGCAUGCAGUAA